ACUAUAAAUUAUCCAUCUUGCAGAUUUCAAUAUUAUACUUACAAUACCUUCUGAGGAAGCAACAGUGGGUGGUUCUUAAAAGAAAUCAAAAUGAUGAAGAGCCUGAUUCUGGUUGCGGUGCUCGCCGCUCUAACUGUCUGCAAUGACGCAGCCACUCUUCAAAACGCUGCCUUCAGGGCUAACCUCUACCAGGGAGGUAUCAGGCCGGGAGACAGACUGCUCCACAGCAACUACUACUACAAAAAUCCCAUUGCCAACGCUGUGCAGUACCAGGACAUCACCUACCGUGGCAACUCCAGCACCAGGAUCUCUUACAUCCAAGUCACUGAGGUCGGCUACACCCAGUGGGGUAUCCCAUCCCUCAGGUCUGGCGGUGUCAACUACAGCUACGCUACCAUCAGGCUGACCUCCCAAAGAGGAUACGGUUACUACUACCGUGUUGAGAUCUGGGGUCGUUAAGACAACCACCGCUAGACAAACAAAAUGACCUAAUGAUAUGAAAUUAAUUAGUAUUAAAAUCCUUUGGAUAGUAUUAUUAUUAAUAAUGUACUUAAGAGAUAAGUGAAUCUUACAAAGUUCUCAUUGUAAUAAAAUUAUUUAUUGUUAAAUUCA